ACAAACUCAUUGUAUCAGUUGCACAUGCCUAUUUAACUGGCUGUUAGCAAAGGAAAUAGUUUGGGAACUGAAAAAAUUUCCUCAGACCUCUGUAUUUAUAGGAUUAUAAUCCUGGUAUCCACCCGUUUCAUCCAUCAAUAUGUUCACACUCAGAAAUGUUCAUUCUCUUGUCGUAAUUUAAUGUUUGAUACAAUUUUAUUUGAUUCUUUGCCAUGCUCUGGGCUCCGGUUGCGUGCUCUCCGCUGAUCAACGAGUAGAUAUGAAAAAAGCAGAAAGCAGUAGCGGAAGGGAGCUUGUCUCCAGCUGGCAGACAUCCACUCAGCAUAGGAGGGUUUUCCAGAUUUUCACCAGCUGAGGUGCAGCCCCAUAAGUUUAAACAUAUUGUGAAUCUGCAAACAAAGAGCAUUCACAUAGCGUAUCGCUUCCUGCCUAUUUUUCAUUCAUAGAAGUGAAACCUUAAUUUCAUUCAAGCCCCCUGAAGAAUGAGGAAUGUUUGGAAAUUGAUUGCUUUAAACUCUUUUUCUCUGUUCCCUUUAAAGCUUCGCUGUAGCACGUGCCCCCGGGGCAUCGCCGAGGAUGGCCAGUCAGGGGCCCCUGGCCAAGCGCCGGAGCAGAUCUGUGGCACAGAUGGUUUCACUUACACCAAUGAAUGUGGGAUCUGUGCCUAUUACGUGUCAGUCCGAUGGAAAGAACAUGCUUUCUGAGUGACAGUCUCCUAGCCCCUGGACUCUCCCUGUGCUUUUCCAAUUUAUCCUCCUCUUCUCCCUCUCCACUUGCUGUUUGUGCUUGGGGGGAAAUUGUGAAGAUUUAACAGAGAAAAGAAAUAGCUGAAGAAAAUAGCCAGAAUGGAAAUCCAAAUGAUGCAGCAUAUACAGAUGGCAUAGGUUUGUUGACUGAUAGGAUUAUAAUAGUCAGACACAGUAAACCCACUUCGUUGUUGGUGGUUAACUCAGAUGAACUCUCCUUCACUUGCAUUAUUUGGAAGUUUUAUUUACAUUCCCAGCACCCAUCCCCCUUUGGGAAAAUGGGCAUACUGAGUCUCUAAUGGCAGACUUUCCCUUCUCCAGAGAACGUGGGACACCCAGGGACUUGGGAACAGCAGUCAUUCCAGUGACUAAGGAAGGCAAACCAAGAAGGAGCCUGAACUCCCAUUGCUCUCCGUGGCACCAUCCCAAAUAAUGUCAGCCGGAUGCUGAGCAGGCAGUGUACAAUUGGACUCAGCCUUGGAGAGACCAUUUCAUGAGCAGAGCAGGAGCAGGCAGGCUGCAGACUCAAGAAAUACUUCCACCAUGACCACGGCAGGUGCUUUUGUGCUCCUCUCCUUUGCGCUUUGCAGCUUCCCAGAUGUUGCCUUUGGGGUUGAGGUGGACUGCAGUACGUAUCCCAACACUACAAAUGAGGAAGGCAAAGAGGUACUGGUCUGCACCAAGAGCCUCAGCCCCGUCUGUGGUACCGAUGGAGUCACCUACAGCAAUGAGUGCCUGCUCUGUGCCUACAACAUAGAAUAUGGAACCAAUGUCAGCAAAGACCAUGAUGGAGAAUGCAAGGAAGUUGUCCCUGUGGACUGCAGUAGAUAUCCCAACACAACAAACGAGGAAGGAAAAGCGGUGUUGCUCUGCAACAAAGACCUCAGCCCCAUCUGCGGUACUGACGGGAUCACCUACGACAACGAGUGCCUGCUGUGUGCCCGUACCCUAGAGCCUGGAACCAGUGUUGGCAAGAAGUACGACGGUGAAUGUAAGAAGGAAAUUGCUAUAGUUGACUGCAGUGACUACCCUAAACCCGUCUGCUCACUUGAGUACAUGCCUCUCUGCGGCUCUGACAGCAAAACGUACAGCAAUAAGUGUGACUUCUGCAAUGCAGUCGUGGACAGCAAUGGGACUCUCACUUUAAGCCAUUUUGGAAAAUGCUGAGUAUCAGUGCUGAGAGAAUUCACCACAGGAUCCCCACUGGCAAAUCCCAACUAAAGAUCUCACCUCAGUUCAUCUCGCCCUCUGGGGAACUCAGCUCACUCCUCAUUUUCUUUCUCAAUAAACUAAAUCAGCAACA